AUGGCGACCGAGACGGUGAUCAGGACAAAGGUCAAGACCGGAAAACAUGAAAAUCUGGCACCGGAGAAUGUGCGGUUCAUGCAGGCAUGCAACGACAUCGCCAGAGCCUUGAUUCAAGAAUACGAGGCUAGUUUCGAUGACAGCAAACCGAAGAAAGACAUCAACCUCAAUCGUUUACGGGGUGACGUCGCCAAAAAGCACCGACUCAGUACCCAGCCACCGUUGACAGGCAUCCUCGCGGCGGUUCCUGAGAACUAUAAAAAGGCCCUCUUACCGAGACUGAUUGCUAAGCCCGUGCGAAGUGCCAGCGGUAUUGUGGUAGUUGCUGUCAUGAGUAAACCUCAUCGCUGCCCUCACAUCGCUUGGACAGGACACGCUUGCGUGUAUUGUCCUGGUGGCCCAGAUUCCGACUUCGAAUACUCCACACAAUCUUACACCGGAUAUGAACCCACGUCUAUGCGAGCCAUCCGGGCCAGAUACGACCCGUUUGAGCAGGCACGAGGACGAAUCGAUCAACUCAAAUCUCUGGGACACAGCGUUGACAAAGUUGAAUUCAUCCUUAUGGGUGGCACGUUCAUGUCUCUCGACAAGGCAUAUCGUGACAACUUCGUUGCUCAAUUGCACAACGCCCUCUCCGGAUAUCAGACAGAUAACGUCGAUGAAGCGGUUGCGGCUGGAGAAAUGUCCAGCAUCAAGUGCGUCGGCUUGACGAUAGAGACUCGUCCGGAUUUUGGCCAAAUCGACCACCUAUCUGACAUGCUUCGGUAUGGCUGUACUCGGCUCGAACUGGGUGUGCAGUCACUGUACGAAGAUGUGGCAAGAGACUCGAACAGAGGUCACACGGUAGCAGCCGUUGUUGAGUCAUUCAAGUUUUGCAAAGACGCAGGGUUCAAGGUGGUCUCACACAUGAUGCCCGAUUUACCUAAUGUUGGUAUGGAGCGCGACAUUUUCCAAUUUGAAGAAUACUUCGAAAAUCCAGACUUCCGAACGGAUGGCCUGAAGAUCUACCCGACACUUGUUAUUCGAGGUACUGGCCUAUACGAACUUUGGCGGACAGGACGAUUCAAGAACUAUACUCCCAAUGCUCUGGUCGACUUGGUCGCACGAAUUUUGGCUCUAGUACCGCCUUGGACGAGGAUCUACCGAGUCCAACGUGACAUUCCCAUGCCCCUCGUCACCUCCGGUGUCGAAAAUGGCAACCUCAGGGAGUUGGCCCUCUCCCGCAUGAAAGACUUUGGCACCACAUCUCGAGACAUUCGAACACGAGAAGUUGGUAUAAACGAGGUGAAGAACAAAAUCCGACCGUCGCAAGUGGAACUGGUCCGCAGAGACUAUAUGGCCAACGAUGGCUGGGAGACCUUCCUAGCCUAUGAGGAUCCCAAGCAAGAUAUUUUGAUUGGCAUGUUAAGACUUCGGAAGUGCACAAAGGAGUACACUUUCCGGCCAGAACUCACAGGUCGACCAACCAGUAUCGUCCGAGAACUGCAUGUCUACGGCCUUGCCGUGCCUAUUCAUGGACGAGAGAAGAGCAGAUUCCAGCACCAAGGGUAUGGAACUCUGUUAAUGAAGGAAGCUGAGAGGAUCGCUCGCGACGAGCAUGGCAGCGAGAAGUUGAGUGUUAUUAGUGGCGUUGGCGUCAGAAGCUACUAUGAGCGCCUUGGAUACUCACUCGACGGUCCAUACAUGAGCAAGACGCUCAGUUUUGAUGAUGAUGACGCGGAGGUAUGA